UGUUUGGGCUCGGGAGUUUUUAUGUACAACCACUUGCAGCAAAAGGUGCGGAACGCUGAAGCCCUGGCCCAGAAAUACAAGCAGCAGCAGGAAGCGCUCUCUGCCCAGCUCCAAGUUGUGUAUGAGCACAGAUCCCGGCUAGAACGAUCCUUGCAGAAGGAGCGAGGGGAGCACAAGAAGACGAAGGAAGAUUUUUUAGUGUAUAAGUUAGAAGCUCAGGAAGCCCUCAACAAGGAGAAGCAAGAUUCUAUGAACAGAUACGGGGCCCUCAGUUCCCAGCACAAGAUACUGAAGAACCAGCAUGAAGAUGUCAAGAAGCAGCUGCUCGACUUGCAGCUGCAGCACAACAGCUUGAAACUGGAACAUCGUAAGACACUGGAGACCCACAGCCAGAAAUACGCCCAGCUGCAGCAGGAGAAGGACAGUGAAGUCACAAACUUGCAGGAUACAGUCUUUAAACUCAGAGAAGAGAGCAAGCUUCUUCGGAAAGCCCACCAGGAAGUUCACUCCCAGCUUCUUAAUGCCCAGGGCCAGAUGGAAGAGUUCAGGCAGCUCAAGGAAGCUCUGCAGAAGAUGCCAAGUUUCAAAGGAGGAGGAGGAGGAGGAGCUGGGAAGGGGCAGCAGCAGUUCCAGGGGCUGAAGGAGCAGCCCGUGGUGCCAGCCAACAGCCAGCUGCAGCUCGUGAGGCAGAAGGCUUUCCCAGUCAAUCAGGAGAAUCGACCUGCUGGGAACCCCUUGGCAUCACAGGUCUCUGGGAUCCAGAAGCAGGUGGAUGGCGCUCUGCUGCAGGGCCAGAACGCGUACGGCAACAACGGCCCGAGGCCACAGGCUGACGUACUCUUCACUCAUCCAGCCCCACUGCAAGAUGCCAAUUCGCUGCCAGAGGCUCUGCCAGCCUGGCCGGCAAGACGUGGGGACGGCCACGUGAUCCGCUUCACCCGGACCAUGAACAGCCUGCCCAACGGCAACCCAGAUGUGAAGAUGGUGAUGCGCAUUGAGGUGAAAAGCAACGAGGAAAGCCAGGCUCCUCGAUUGUCCCCGUCUGAUCCGAAGCAACCCUCUGCAGCAGAAAAACCUCAGGUGCCAGCCACCCACCGCUCUACAGGGGACAAACAGCUGCAAAUACAAAGCUGGGAAGAGAUAGUGAACAAAGUGAAUGCCCAGAUGGAUGAAGAACAAGCGCGCAGUUACCCAAAAAGCCUUCAUUUUGAUCCCAGGCCUGGGCAAGAGACGCAGAACGGCAGCCCGCAGCCACCUGAUCCCAAGACGGAAGAGCAUCAAAGAGCUGAUGAGGAAGGCAAGAAGGAAAAGACGGACGAUGAGGAGCUCGAGAUGG